UCUUCAAAUAAUGUUCAAAUAGAACGUAUCACGAAGAAAACAUGCCCUUUUUUUUGGCAAAAUUAAUUUUUCAUUGAUUUUUUAAAAAUGGCAUCCUUAUUAAAAAUGCGAUUUUUGAUUCCGAAAGGAUUUUUGAAUUCAACUGUAAAAUUUUUAAGCAGUAAUUCAUCUGCUGUUGCAAGUACAUCCGAACAAGAAUCAACCGAUUUGACCAAAUUAAGUUCGGAAGAAAUCAAUAAACGAUUAAUGACUUUUUUCGAUGUUCCUGAAAAUUGGACUAAAGGAGAGGUUAAAUCUGGAAGAGGUUGGCGAAUCGAAGAACUUCGUAUCAAGAGUAAUAGUGAUUUACAUAAAUUAUGGUACAUAUUAUAUAAAGAACGAAACAUGUUGAUGACAAUGGAACAAGCUGCUAAAGAUGAAGUAGAAAAUAUGAUUAGUCCAGAAAGAUUGUUCAAAGUGGAAGAUGGUAUGAAAAAUAUUGAAGAAGUUGUAAAGGAAAGAAAUCGAGCUUAUUGGCAGCUUGAAGUUGGUGACAGUAAUCCGGUUGAAAGACGUAGAGUUUUUCGUCGAGAUUUAUUUGGCCGUUGGCGAAUGAUUGCCUCUUCCGAACAUCUUAUACCAUAUUGGAUGAACAAUGAAUGGAGAAAAUUUAAUGCUCCCGGUUUUGGUGCCGAUGUUAUCAAUUUUAAUCGACGUCUUAAUGAAAAUCGAUUAAAACGACGAAUAUCACAAUUAUCUAAACAACAAUUCUAUUGUCAACAAUUAUUGAAACGAUUUCCAAAUAUUGACAUUGAUUAUUUACAAGAACGUUUUCCGGAAAUCAAUAUCAAACAUUUAAUGGAUAAUAAUAAUGAAUAUACUAUUCAAACUCGAACUGCUCGAUUUAAUCAAAUUUUUUACCAUAAAAAGAAAGAUCUUUGAAUAACAUUGUUUUUU